GCCCCUCCGCCCCGCAUUGGCUGCCGCUGCCGGUGCCGCCGGGGCGCUGCGGGACACCGGAGGCAGCCGCCGGCGGCUCUCCCCGGGACCAUGAAGCUCCUGUGGCUGGGCGUGGAUGUCUCCAGGGUGCUGCACCUGGCCGCCGUGUUCUGCCUGACCUGCGUGCUGCUGAAAGCCAUCCAGCUGUUCCACCGGCGGCGGGAGCUGCUCCGGGCGCUGGCCGACUUCCCCGGGCACCCGACCCACUGGCUCUUGGGCCACGUCCACGAGUUUCUCAAGGAGGAAGARGUGCUGGACAAGGCAGAGCUCUGGACACAGAAGUACCCACAUGCUCACCCUGUGUGGUUUGGGAGUUUCUCAGCAUUCCUGGUUGUCACAAAUCCCGACUAUGUCAAGAUUCUCUUGGGCAGAGGAGAUCCCAAGGAUAACUUGAGCUAUAAACACCUUGUCCCAUGGAUUGGGAACGGGUUGCUGAUCCUACAUGGGCCCAAGUGGCACCAACACCGAAAACUSCUGACUCCAGGGUUUCAUUACGAUGUCCUGAAGCCAUACGUGGGCCUGAUGGCAGACUCCACUAACGUGAUGCUGGAUAAAUGGGAAAAGCUGACUGCAGAUGGGAAGCCWGUGGAGCUCUUCGAGCACGUCAGCUUGAUGACUCUGGAUAGCAUCAUGAAAUGUGCCUUCAGYUGUCACAGCAACUGCCAGACCAACAGGAAAAACACCUACAUCCAGGCUGUCUAUGACCUGUGCCACAUGGUGCACCAGCGCCUCCGCAUCUUCCCCUACCACAAUGACAUCAUCUACUGGCUCAGCCCCCAUGGAUUUCRGUUCAGGAAGGCCUGCAGGCUUGCUCAUGACCACACAGACAAGGUCAUCCAGGAGCGAAAGGAAUCCCUUCGAGAUGAACGGGAAUUUGAAAAGAUCCAGAAGAAGAGACACUUGGACUUCUUGGACAUUCUGCUGUGUGCCAAAGAUGAGAAUGGAGCUGCCCUGUCUGACGAGGACCUGCGUGCCGAGGUGGACACCUUCAUGUUUGAGGGCCACGACACAACAGCCAGUGGCAUCUCCUGGCUCCUGUACUGCCUGGCCAUCCACCCUGAGCACCAGCAGCGCUGCAGGGAGGAGAUCCAGGGCAUCCUGGGGGACAGGGAGACAAUUCAGUGGGAGGACCUGGGCAAGAUGACCUACAGCACCAUGUGCAUCAAGGAGAGCCUGCGCCUGUACCCGCCCGUGCCCGGGGUGGGCCGGCAGCUCAGCAAGCCCGUCACCUUCCCYGAUGGACGCACUUUGCCCGAAGGCACCAUCACUGCCAUAAGCAUAUACCUCAUUCACAGAAACCCUUUAGUGUGGAAAGAUCCUCUGGUGUUCGACCCUUUGCGUUUUUCCUCGGAGAAUGUCUCUGGCAGGCACUCUCAUGCCUUUCUGCCUUUUUCUGCUGGAACGAGGAAUUGCAUYGGGCAGCAGUUUGCCAUGAAUGAGAUGAAGGUGGCACUGGCUCUGACCCUGCGGCGCUUCGAGCUCUUGCCCGACCCCGCCAGGCCUCCCCUCAAAAUAACUCGGAUCAUCCUUCGCUCCAAGAACGGGAUUCACCUCUAUUUAAAGAAAAUCCGCUGAUGCUGGAAAUCUUCCUGCCUUCACCAGAGGGAGGGACCAAGCAGAUGACGGGACAGCGUUUCUCUGGGGCAGAAAUGCAGGGCAGGAUUUGGGGAUGAGGAAUCUCAAUUUCUGUGCUUCAUCCGCCAGCUGAAAGCCCUUUUCAGGGUGAUCUUGCACAGACCCACUGCCGUCUGCUCCAGGGCACUGAUCUCRGAGCAGCUGGGCAUGGCCAUGCUGUCUGUCCCCUUGCACUGCCAUAAGGGCUUGCCUGGAACAUCUGCAGGUCCUGCCAGCUUCCUUCUUACCAAAUCCUGCCUUCACACUUGUGUCCUGGCCAAAUUUGUGACCAUUUCCAGCCCUGCUCCGUCGUCAGCACCUUCCUCAGUGCCUAGAGGUCAGCCCUCCUCCUGCAGUGGGGACAGCCUGUGGCAGACCUCUGUGUCAGUUCUCACACUCAGUGGGUCUCUGUUUCAUUGUAAGCACUGAUUCCAGUUUGGGCUCUGAAAUUCUUCCCAAACUGCAAAAUACUCUGCAAUUUUUGUCUUAAUAAAYGAAUAAUUUUUCCUGCAA